AUCUAGAAACAGGUAUCUAUUAUCUGAUUAUCGGGGAGGGGACAACUCGUGAUUGUUUCGGUGGACUUCUGCCACAAUCUUCAAUAUGUCCUUUGUGGGCAGCCCUUUUACCAACUACGACCGCACGGCCCAGACAUCAGGAGUACCUCCGAUGUCUAGUGUGCACAAGCAAGAAAUUGAGGAGGAGAAGGGGACAUCGGCAUCGCGUCAUGAUGUCGAAAAGGCGCUUACAGCAGACUCGAGCAUUGCGACUCAGGUCGAAGAUGAUUCCGAGCUGGAGCGACGCGAGUCUAUAGUACAUAACCUCGCUCGCAGAUAUACUACCCAAUCGAAUGCUACUGGAGUCGCCGGGAACAACCCUUAUCUAGACAGCUCCGAGGAUUCGCCUACCAAUCCUCACUCGGCUCAUUUCAAUGCGCGCGCGUGGGCCAAGGCCAUCGUUCGGAUGGCUGACCACGAGGGCAUGCAGUUUCGGACUGCGGGUGUUGCUUUCCAGAACCUCAACGUUCACGGUUUUGGAGCCGCGACGGAUUACCAAAAGGACGUCGCUAAUAUCUGGUUAGAAGGGCUGGGACUUGUUCGCAAAGCCCUGGGUAGAGGCCAGACGAAAAUCGACAUUCUACGUAACUUCGACGGCGUCGUUCAAAAGGGGGAGAUGCUGGUUGUGCUUGGACCUCCGGGUUCAGGUUGUUCGACGUUCCUCAAGACCAUUGCCGGCGAGACUAACGGUAUCUAUGUCGGAGAAGGCUCGUACUUCAACUAUCAAGGACUGACCUCCGAGGAGAUGCAUAAACAUCACCGCGGAGAAGCCAUCUACACGGCAGAAGUCGACGUUCACUUCCCAAUGUUGACCGUCGGCGAUACUUUGACGUUCGCAGCCUCGGCUCGUGCUCCGCGCCACCUCCCUCCCGGUGUUGAUAAGACUACCUACUGCAACCACUUAAGGGACGUCACCAUGGCCAUGUUUGGUAUCUCGCAUACCGUAAACACUCGUGUUGGUAACGAGUAUGUGCGUGGUGUAUCCGGAGGCGAACGUAAGCGUGUCACUAUCUCCGAAGCUGCACUUAGCCGAGCGCCGUUACAAUGCUGGGAUAACAGUACCCGAGGUUUGGAUAGCGCCAACGCCGUGGAGUUUUGUAAGACGCUCCGGACGCAGACGGAAUUAUUCGGAACUACUGCCUGCGUCUCCAUCUACCAGGCACCCCAAAACGCAUACGACUUCUUUGAUAAGGCUCUUGUCUUAUACGAAGGUCGACAGAUCUUCUUUGGUCGGGCAGACGAGGCUAAGCAGUACUUCAUCGACCUAGGCUUCGAGUGCCCCGCCCGACAAACGACCCCCGACUUUUUAACCUCGAUGACUAGCUCGAUAGAACGUGUUGUCCGACCCGGAUUUGAGGGUAGAGCUCCGCGAACACCGGACGAAUUUGCCACGGCCUGGAAGAACAGCGCCGCGUAUCAAGCCUUACAAGUCGAAAUCGAGCAGUAUAAGCAGGAACGCCCCCUGAACGGCCCGGACGCGGAAGCUUUUCGUGCUUCGAAGAGGGCCCAACAGGCUGCGGGUCAACGAUCCAAAUCUCCGUACACCAUGUCCUUCUCACAACAAAUCAUGCUGUGUCUAUGGCGUGGCUGGCAACGUCUCACUGGUGACCCUAGUCUAACACUCGGAUCGCUCAUUGGUAAUUUCGUCAUGGCCCUGAUCAUUGGUAGUGUGUUCUACAAUAUGCAACCGAGUACCUCGAGCUUCUAUCAACGUGGCGCUCUUCUGUUCUUUGCCUGUCUCAUGAAUGCUUUCUCAAGCGCCUUGGAGAUUCUUACACUGUAUGCGCAACGUCCCAUCGUUGAAAAACACAAUCGUUACGCUCUGUAUCAUCCCUCGGCGGAAGCUGUCGCCUCUAUGCUUGUCGAUAUGCCUUACAAGAUUGCCAACACUCUUGUCUUCAAUUUGACUCUGUACUUCAUCACCAACUUAAGACGUGAGCCAGGACCUUUCUUCUUCUACUUACUCGUCAUGUUCUUUACGGUCAUGACGAUGAGUAUGAUUUUCCGUUCGAUCGGUUCGGCGUCGCGUACUCUAUCGCAAGCUAUGGUGCCGGCCGCGUUGUUGAUUCUCGACCUCGUUCUUUUCACCGGUUUCGUUAUCCCUAUCGACUACAUGCUCGGUUGGUGCCGGUGGCUUAACUACCUGGAUCCCUUAGCAUACGCCUUCGAGACUCUGAUGGUAAACGAAUUCCAUAACCGCGAAUUUACAUGUGAUCAAUACGUACCAAAUCCCCUAGUCCCAGGCUACGCUGAUGUCGAAGCGAUCAAUCAUGCUUGCAGUACGCCUGGUAGUUUGCCUGGACGUUUAACCGUCAAUGGUGACGCGUAUUUAAGCUCGUCAUUCCUAUACUAUAGUUCACACCGUUGGCGGAACUUUGGUAUUUUGAUCGGUUUCAUGUUUUUCUUCCUUUUCAUCUAUAUGGUCGCUGCCGAACUCGUGUCCGAGAAGAAGUCGAAAGGUGAAGUGCUGGUUUUCCGACUUGGUCACAAGCCCGCCCAAUUCAAGGACAGGAAGGGCGAUGUUGAGGAAGGCGAAGGUCCUCGUGUUGGUCCCAUCGCAACGAACGCAAGCCGUGCCAACGGCCCCGCCGAGAAGGGUGGUGCCCUACAGGAACAAUCUAGCGUCUUCCACUGGAAGGAUGUCUGCUAUGAUAUCAAGAUUAAGGGAGAACCGAGGCGGAUUCUGGAUCAUGUCGACGGCUGGGUGAAACCUGGUACUCUGACCGCGCUAAUGGGUGUCUCGGGUGCUGGGAAAACAACCCUCCUUGAUACCUUGGCUGAUCGUAUCACUAUGGGUGUUAUAACUGGCGAUAUGUUGGUUGAUGGUCAUCCUCGUGACCAUUCGUUUCAAAGGAAGACGGGUUAUGUUCAACAGCAAGAUCUUCACCUGUCAACUACCACCGUCCGCGAGGCUCUUAACUUCUCUGCUCUCCUUCGCCAGCCUGCUGAAGUUCCGCGCGCUGAGAAGCUUGCCUAUGUUGACGAAGUGAUUAAGCUUUUGGAUAUGGAAGAGUACGCAGAUGCGGUUGUCGGUGUCUUAGGCGAGGGUCUCAACGUCGAACAGCGUAAACGUCUCACGAUCGGUGUUGAGCUCGCUGCUAAGCCUCCUCUAUUGCUAUUUGUCGACGAACCUACCUCUGGUCUUGAUUCUCAAACCUCGUGGGCUAUUUUGGAUCUUCUUGAGAAACUCACUAAGAGUGGACAAGCUAUUCUUUGCACCAUUCAUCAACCCUCAGCCAUGUUAUUCCAGCGUUUUGACCGUCUGCUCUUCCUUGCCAAGGGCGGAAGGACUGUCUACUUUGGUGAGAUCGGAGAGAACUCCAAGACUCUAACCAACUAUUUUGAACGUAACGGCGCUCCAGCUUGCCCCGCAGAUGCAAACCCUGCGGAAUGGAUGCUCGACGCCAUCGGUGCUGCUCCAGGUAGUGAGACCAAUGUGGACUGGUUCGACACGUGGCGCAACAGUCCCGAAUAUAAAGAUGUGCAGGCCGAGCUUCAAAGACUCGAGGAUGGAGCACAGCAUAUCUCAACGCCUGCCGAAGAUCCGGAAUCCUAUCGUGAGCAUGCCGCCAGCUUUGGUACUCAGCUGCGGGAGGUUACAUACCGUGUAUUCCAGCAAUACUGGCGAACCCCGUCGUAUAUCUACUCCAAGGCAAUUCUCUGUAUCCUCAUAGCACUAUUCAUUGGCUUCGUCUUCUUCAAUGCUCCCAACACAAUCCAAGGUCUUCAAAACCAGAUGUUCGCCAUCUUCAACAUUUUGACCAUCUUCGGUCAGCUUGUUCAGCAGACAAUGCCCCAUUUCGUUAUUCAAAGAUCCCUUUACGAGGUGCGCGAGCGUCCGUCCAAAGUUUACGGCUGGAAGAUCUUCAUGCUGUCGCAGAUCAUCGUCGAGCUUCCUUGGAAUACGCUUAUGGCUGUCUUGAUGUUCGUCUGCUGGUACUACCCUAUCGGACUUUACAGAAACGCUAUGGAUGCCGGCCAAACCACCGAACGCGGUGCUUUGAUGUUCCUGCUCUUGUGGGCCUUCCUUAUAUUCACUUCGACAUUCACCGAUAUGAUCAUCGCUGGUUUUGAAACGGCCGAGGGUGGUGGUAACAUUGCCAACCUGAUGUUCAGUUUGUGCUUGAUCUUCUGUGGUGUCCUUGCUAGUCCCGAUACCUUCCCUCGCUUCUGGAUUUUCAUGUACCGCGUCAGUCCGUUCUCCUAUCUGGUAUCGGCCAUGUUAACAACGGCGGUGGCAAAUACUAAGGUGCAAUGUGCCGCCAAUGAAUACGUACACUUCGACCCUCUUCCUGACCAAACUUGUGGCCAAUACCUGCAAAACUACAUCCUUGCGGCUGGCGGCUAUAUCGAAGAGGGUACCGCAGAUCGUACGUCGAACUGUAGUUUCUGCACCGUCUUAGAGACGAACAAAUACUUAGAAAGUGCAAACGCCUACUAUGAGGACCGAUGGCGCAACUUUGGUAUUCUUUGGGCAUACAUUGUGUUCAACAUCUUUGGCGCGCUAUUCGUCUACUGGCUCGCGCGUGUGCCUAAGGGUAAGAAGAAGGAAAAGAAGGCCAAGAAGGAGUAAAUAUUCAGGGACGAGGAAAACGUUCAACCACGGAUGAGUGCAUGGAGAUCAUGUUAUAUGUAUUUUCUUUCGAAUACGUCGGGACUCAUGCCGUAGCAGAUGGACGUCUUUUUUUAUAUCUAUUAUGUUGUAAAUAUGCAUCACGCAAGGCGUUCAUUUUUCAAGGGAGGAAGACCACUAAACUAGAGUAGGACUGAGACCUUCUCUACGACGGCUGUUAAUAUGGUAUGAUAUGGUUAGCAGCAUGAUUUGGUAAUCUAUAGAUAGGACGAACAACCAAUGAAUAAAUAAAUAGAGAGAGCGCUGCGCUCAGUUAGACAUAGCACAAUCUUCCCAUCUUUAAUGGCUCGCCCCUAUAUUAUAUAAAGCAGUGAAUCAUAA